UCCAUGGCCAGCCGGAACAGCACCGAAAGAGCCACAACAACGGCAAACCAAUCCGUUGUUAGCGAAUCUUCCGCCGCUGACCAGGAAGCCACCAGUAAACCAACAACCGUCCUUACAAUUGCUGCGAGUGCAGCCCGUACCUGUAAGUGAACCAGUCUUCGAAUCUGAGCCGAACUCGGGUGCUAGUUAUUCUAGCAACACUAGCAAUGCUAGUGGUAAAACUCGGCAGAAGAUUAUUUAUAACUCACCGAACGUGGGGAAAACCCAGAUAACUCGUUUGUAGAAGGCGAUAUAAUGCCUGGUAAACUGAAUGCAGCUGUUAAAUUUCAGAAGAAGAAAACGCCGAACUGGAAUGUCCGCGCAACGCGCGGUGAACCGGUUAAAUACCAGCCGGACGCAUCUGUAUUAUUGAUGCCCGAGCGUAAGACGCAUCCACAGCAUAUCCGUCGUGAUAUCGACGUUAUUCGUCGAGAUCUUGAUCAAUAUAUUGAUCGUGUUGUGUCAGUACUUGGCACCGUCAACGAUGAUCAGCGAGCGGAAAUUGGCAAGGCCAUCACGGAUACGCUGGACUUGAUGCGUAUAAUUGGAUACGAUAUUCGUAUCAAAAAUUCGAUUAAUAUGUAUAAAAUUGAUCUGUUCCGCCAGAUGGAGAUCAGGCGAUAUGAAACGCCGCGCCGUUAUGGUUUACGCAGUGCGCUGGAUAUUUCCCAGCUGAAAGAUAAAUUAAUUGAGAUUACCGUCGUCGACUGGGAAUUAAUUUCCCAAUUCAAAAUUCUAUUUACUGAAGAGCCGGAAGAAUUCCUCCUUCAGUUUAUAUUACCGGACACGGACCCAGCAAAGUUCUGGUUUUUCUGCCGUGCCGCUUGCGCUAUGCAGCGUAAGAUAGCUCCCAUGAAAAUCACAUGGGACACCAUCCCUAUCGGAUGGGGAUUAAAGAAGUAUAUUCUGGUUAUCCUCUCCGCGUUAAUGGGCAAUUGCCACGCUCAUCAUUAUGCCCGGACAUAUCGUCAGGCUGAGCAGAAUCGCCGAUUAAAGAGUUACGUUAAUCGUAUGGGGGAGCCUCUUAAUGAGGAACAGCAGGCAAAGGUCCUUAAAGAUCUUCUGCAAGUUAUGCAAAUCGAUGGGAACCGAAGCUAUCCAUAAUGGACAUUAUGACGGGAUCUAUGAUCUCAUUAAGCGAUUUGCUGAACGUCAGAACCAGGGAAAGCGCAAAGUCGCUCCAAAUUCCCCUGACACUCCGUCAACCAGUAAAACAGUCCAGCCUGGACUGAAGAAACCGAUAGUGUCGAACGACACUGUAAGAAGUGAAGAAACGCCGAAGAUAGCUAACGCUGUGCCAGUUGUAUCGGAUAGUACAGCAAAGACUGUACCAACAGCUGAUACCGUAACCACCGUACCGGCAGUGGAGACUGCAAAUAUACCAGCACCGACAAGCGGAACGCCGCAGAAUGAAGUAACCGCGUCAGUAGAAUUACUGACAAUUCAGGAAACUCCUGAGACAACGGAGCAAGAAGCUGCGAUGGAGACGGACGAGAAGCCGUCGAUAGAGAAUAAUUUUCUCUUCCCGUCCCGGCAAGCUUUGCGGGAAAAACAGCGGGAAUUGAUAGCCGCCGAUAACCCGGAUAAGACUCUUCUGGAAUUGGACAUUUGUGUUGUCACGAUUCCUGACAACGACGAUGAGCCGUUGUAUUUUCUUAUCCCCGCAGCUGAGGUGGAUGCUGACAUGUGUGAAGAUAGCGACGAAGCUAGAGCUACGUCCACCGUAUUGAGCGAUGCUCUUAAUGUAUUGAAUGCGGAACCACAGAUGCACUAAGCUGCACAUAUGUCGUGGAUCGACGCAACAAUGCGUAUGAUUGGAGGAAAAGCUCCGGAAUAAACCUGCAAAACAACACGGAUUAACGUGUGGAAUGGGAUUAAAUCGGAUUAAAUUUACCGGAAUUUUGUUACGAGUUUAGAACUCGUUUUGAUUAAUUUUACGCCGCAUUUUGCAGCGUGUGUUCUCACUAACUGUGAUGGAAUAAUUGGCACAUUUUUUUUUAAUAAAAACUGCUCAUUGCGUUGCAUUUAACACGCAUUUCCCUGUUUUUUUCUCAUUCCUGUUUUGAGCCUCAAGGGGCCUCGGCAUCCCGUCCCGUUGCAUGUCAGAGUGCUGUGCGUAGCGCACAGGAUAGUGGCGUGUUCGCCUCACCAUCAUUGGAUCGGCUCACCAUUCGCCAGUUUUCCAAACACGCUUGAACGUGUUUGCCAUUCGAGUGCCAACCUAGGAACCGUUAACAUCGUUUCCUAGCUUUUCUGGGUUUCAUGCCCUUUUUCUCACCUUUAGAGAUUUGUUUUGAUGCUGAUUAGCAUUUAUUUCAUUGAAAUAAAAGCGAUUAUUUCGAGGAGAUGUUGUUUCCGUUGUCGUUUCUCUGUACAGCAUAAUAACAGCGAA